AUGCCGGACUCGAGGGGUAAGCCUGCAAAUGAUUGCUCAGCCUCAGAUGAAGCAUCAAGGUUGGAUUUAUAUCUUCAGAGACAGCUGGAAGAGGAUGUAGCAAGGAUAUUUGAUGAAUCUAUAUAUUCUGAUCUCGAAGUGGUUUGUGGCAAACUAAAAAUACUAACCCAUACUUGCAUACUCAAAGCACGCACAAAUAAAUUUUAUAAAAAGCUUGAAGCUAUUUUGCAUGUGAAUAUAGGACGCGACACUUUUGAUGAAAUAUAUUCAUUUAUAAGCGAUGCAUAUACUGAAUGUGAUAUCCAAAAUCAAGAAAAAGAAAUUCUAUUUUUUUUAAAACGAACUCAUUUCGCUAAAAAUAAUUUAUUCGAUUCAAAUAAAAUAAAAGAAGAGAUAGAAGAUAUUGAUGUGUAUUUAACCCCAAAUUCGAGUCCCUGUCCAGAACAAAAAAUACAACAAAUUUCCUGUCUUAGUCCAAGUACAGAAUUAACAAGAGAAUAUUACGCCCUAGUACCCAUUGACGGUAAUUUGCUUGACCAGGAGCUAAUUGAACAAGACGCGCUAUCGACUGCUUUUCAUACAAUCAUAAAAGGGCAAGAAAAAGAUUCUAACAAAGUAACACAACUUAACAAACCCACUUCAUUACCUUUGGUGUCUAGUCACACUCCUAAAACCAUUAAACAUUCCAUUAAUUGUGAUAUAUAUAAUAAACUAGUCCAUGAAAAUGAAAAAUUAGGGAAUGAAAGAGAAGUAAAUAAGAAAUCAAAUAACAAUUAUAUUUGUCAAAAAAUAUAUAAUACAAAUAGAUUUGAUACCAAAUCGAAUCAGAUAAGUUCUAGCGAGUCAGUUUUGAGUGAAAAAUAUUUUGACCCUUCAUACUCUCCUGAUAGUUUAAUCACGGAUGAUCCCAGUUCCUCAUCAGAUUAUUUAUCCGCCGCAUAUGCUGGCUCCCCUGCUGUAAGCACUUCAGGGUGUGUGCGUCAAGCUCAUGUUGAGGAUUACAUUAGUAAAAUGGAAAACAUAUUCACGUCUUCGGAUUCUGGGCUUGAAAAUACUGGUAUGCUCGAGAGCCUGAGCAGCCAUAAAGACGUUACCUUAACAGAUCUAUCCUUAACCGAAAGCACUCUUCACGAUCUAAUCACUGACGAGACAAAUAAUUCAAACGGUUCCAUGUCCAGUUCAACUUCAGAUAAGAAUCAAAUUUGUAAAAUGAAAUCGUCAACUCCUCGAACUGACAUCGCAUCUUUUGCGAGUACCUCAGACGAAUGGAAUGGACAUAGAGCAAAUAUGCAAAAUAAGCCUCUAGACUGUGUUCAUUCUAAUUCUUCGAAAGAAGAAAAACAAAGACAGAACGAGGAAAUUGUGAUUUUAGAAUCAUCCUCUGUUUCGUCUGAAACUGGAUCAUGGGAAUCAGUUUUUCCUCCGAGAAUGGUAGACAAAGAAAUAUGUGAAAAAUUUAUAAAUACUGAACGUCAUCACAAUAAACAGGAUGUUGUGUUGAGACGCAACAACCCAACUUCUCUGGCGGUGAUCAAAAACGUUGAUAUUUCUUUGAAAUCUACACCUUGCUUUAUUGAUGCAGCGAGUCUGGCAGAUGAAGAACAGUCUGUAGAAUUAAGGAAAUCUGACCAGAAUGAAUCUGCUAAUCUCUCAUCUGACCAUACUCCUACACCUAGCCAACCAGUCCCCUGUUCUAAAGUGAAUAAACUUGAUCAUAGCCCAGGUGAUUGGUCCGAAAGUAAUGAAAACGAGGAUUCUUUGGAACAGGGAGACAAUAAAGAUGCUGAUUCCAUCCAGAAAGAUUUAUCACCCACUAUUUUUGAAAUGACUCCCAUAGCUGAGGAUUCUUUAAUUUCGAAUAUUUUUGACCGCAGCACUGAGGCGAAGAUAGAUAAGGAAACGUAUGACUCUAAUGCUAUGUCCGGUUGCGAGACUGAAAAAGCAACGUCCUUAUCUACUAGUACGGUUUACAUGGGUACAACUCCACACAAUUCAAUUCUGUCUUUAAAAUCUUCGUCUAUCAAGAACUAUGACUCAGAGGAGAGCGAAAACGACACAAUACAUAUAAGCAAGGAAAGUCUUAUAAAUUUCAGACAAAGUAGGUAUAAUGAAUCGUCUCCUAUAGUUUCAGGCGGAGCAUCAAUCGAAGAUGUUCGAUCUCCAAAGUUGAAUCAACAGAGUCCGUUAGUAAGAAGGAAAAUUGAAAACACGCCCAUUGUUACUGGAGCAUGUUAUCCAAAUGUAGAUAGUAACGAAAACUCUGUACCGAAGGCUGCUAAACCUGUCUGUGCAUCUGCAUGGGUAGUUGACAUGGCUUCGGAUUGUAAUGCUACCGAAUCAAGUAUUAACACAUCAAACUCCAGCUUGAAUUCAAAAAAAUCUAACGACAAAACUUAUGAUAAUUUAAAAAGCGAGUCCAAAGCAAAUAGUAGCGAAAGUUCUAAUAAAAGUCGAUGUUCUGUUGACUCUGAUAGUAGUGAAAAAUCAGGCCAUAAAUUUUAUAUUGAUUUAUCGUCUUUACCUGAUCCUUUACCACCAGAAAAACCGAAUGUCAUAGAUAACAAUUCUGAAAAAAAGAAUAUAUUUUCUAUGUUUAUAGAUUUAGGAGAAAAAUCUACUCUCAAAGAAAUGCCAUCCCGUUUAUCUUCAUCUUUGAAUAGCCAGAAACAGUCUCACGACAAUAAUCACAGAACAUCAGCUAAGACUUGCAAGAAUCAGAAAACAGUAAACAAUUUGAAAAGCUUGGAAGCAACACCCAAAUCACUUGAUCCAUCAAUAAGUACAACAACAUUCGAAAGAUUGGAAUCAUUGUGCAAUGAUCCUAACAUAAGCAUAUCUGAAAUAAUCGCUAUCCCCGAGGCUCCUUGUUUGAAAGACAGCGAAGAAGUUACCGAAAUGGUGAAUCUUAAAAACGAUAAACAUUCCAGGCGAAUAAAUGGAGACAAAUCCUUCAAUACUUAUGUUAUUCACGAGGAACCCGUCAAUGAACCCUCGGAUCUGUUUGUUAAAUUAUCCGAUUUGGAUAAACCAAUACAGAAAUCUGAUAUAUUCGAAAAGGAUAGCUUCGAAUCAAGAAUGACGAGGUCGAUUCCUGACAACAAAUGGUCGCAACAAACCCUUGGAGGAUCUUCCAGGUCUAGUGAAGUGAUUAGUUCCUUUCAUUCUGAGAACGCGUUGAGUCUGAACAGGCUUUUUCCUCACCUGAAAAACGAGUUCAGCAAGAGCAUGCCGAUAUCACUAUCAUCUAGAACAAGAUCUCCAUCAAGACCGGUUGCGUCAAGCGUUGGCGAGAUGGAUGAACAGGUUUCCGAUGUAUCGGAAAUGAGUAGUGUACAAAGCAGUAUAUGUCGCUCUGUAGUCGAAAAUAGUACAACAGAAGAAACUAGUCAAACUUCGAGUUUAAUAGGUAACUGUCAGUCUCGUUUGGGACAGGAUUUACUUCGUAUGUUCUUAGAGGAGAUAGCCCCUGACGUUAUAGUCGAAGUAUCAGGGAAGAGAAUUAAAGCUCACAAAUGUAUUCUAUCAUCCAGGUGUCAGUACUUUGCAGGUAUACUAAGUGGCGGUUGGGUGGAAAGUGCCGGAAACGUCAUCGUUUUACCACCAUUUUCAUUUAACGUGGUACAUUUCGCUCUGUGCCAUAUAUACUCCGGUUUGUCUACUAUACCCGAUUCUAUAAGUAUCGUUGAACUAGCCACUAUAGCUGACAUGCUCGGAUUGGAAGGUCUCAAAGAAGCUAUUAUGUUCACAUUGAAGUCAAAAUAUUGUCAUCACUUCCACAGGCCUUGUCAAGUUUGCACAGCCGGUGUAUUGGAAUGCUUUCCCUUGUCUUCGGUUUAUGGCCUCGACGAUUUAUACCGGAAAUGUCUCAGAUGGAUCACUAAAUACUUCUCGAAGGUGUGGCCAACCAAAGCUUUUGCCACUUUACCAAAAGAACUCCUUGAUAAAUGUUACCAAGAACAUGUUGUUAAUCUGUCAUUAGAAAAUUUUAUUGACACCGUCUAUGGAUGUGGCACUACGGUGGCAUCUCUUCAAAAUAGUAGGUGGGCAGAGAGUGUUGCCCGUAUGUGCAGGCGUCUAGUGAACGCGGCCGCACAUUUCGCUGCGCCAAGACUACCGGCUGUGUUAGAACUGAUAUCUGUUGCUCCAGAGGCUCCUCAAACAGCCAAGCAAGCGCUGGACGAUUGUCUCGCAGCCGCCAUUGAAUGGGCCCCUCCUGAUGAAACUUGUCGCGCCUACGCUUACCUAUCGAAUCUCGUGAAACAAAUCAGAAACCAGCACCUCGCCAAGCCGGAUCUGAUAUCUAAUGGAAACCAAAUGAAGGUCCCUGAAACCACCAAUCUUCUGUACAUCCACGCGAGCAGUUGGAGGCUUCAGUGUGAAGUAGCCCUUGUUCGAGCAGCACCCAGGGUCGUGGGCACCCAAGCUUUUAAAGAUCUUCCAUCAGAUUUACGUAAACGACUGCGAGAACUCGGCUGUAUUAUGUACGGACCUCAAGCCAUACCGCUAACUACAUCUCCGCUACAGGACAGAAAAUGUAAGAGUACCUACCACAGCAAACCUACUAAAACUAUCAGUUCUUCGGCAACUCGGAGUUUAGAUAUGGAGAAAGUACGUAAUUCUUUCGUACCUUACAAACCGAAGCCGAUCACGAUGAUGGGAUCAAAGGAUAACAUAAAAAGCAACAGUGAGCUACGAGAUUUGAAGAAACAAAACAAAACAACAGUCCCCAAAGUCAGGACAACGAAAGCCCAAGAAGAGCGAGCGAAGUUCAAUCAAUCUAAGACAAUAACAACGUCUCAAGAGAGAACAGUGACCAAACCAGCGAUAACACGAGUCCAUCCAUUCGAGAAUACAAAACCGAGAUACUUGCAACCGCGUGUUAAAGAUACCGAGAAGAAAUUACCACCGAAGAAGCUGGUCAAUAAGAUAGUGUCUUCUAGCGAGUCUUCAAGGAAUUCAAGCCCGAUCCAAGCUCGCAACAUGCGGUCGCGGGUACAAGCGAACGACAGAACCCACAUGUCACAAGAUAGUCUUGCGACGUCCUCGAGACCAAGGACUGCGGAACCCUCCACGGAUUCACUCAGCGAAUCACAAAACAGCAACAAAUACGCUACGUACACCAAAACCAAGCACACUAAACAAGGCUCUGUUGAAUCUAUCAUAUCGGCUAAAUGUCAAGGCGUGUCGCCGUCCUCAUUGCUGAAUUCGGCCGUCAGAACGAAGAUACCCGUGUUUCUGAACCAGAACUCGUCUGCUGUGAACAAACGUACAAGCCCAACGAAAGCGUCGCGGCCGAACUCAGCGAGCGUAGUACAGACGACGACUAAGGACAAACGCAAGACUCACGACAGAAAACUAUCCGGUUCCCUCAUGAAUGCCACCAAAUCAAGCUCAGCUAAAAUGGUACCAAAGAUAUCUAAAGAGAUCCACACGCAGCCGACGAAAUCCAAACAUAACAAACCGGUCAAAAAUCCGAACAGAAGUGAUGAGCCGCAACGUACUGAAAUACCCUUGAUGGAACGCUCUGGUACGUUUUUGAAAGAUGAACCAACGUUUGGCGAUAAAACUACAGAUAUAGAUAUAGAUUAUUAG